GGGAGCUACAUCGUUGUCCUCUUGUUGUCGUCUGUAUUGCUCAGUACGGAGAGCUUCGUGUGCUUCUGCUCUUGUCUUUUUCUUUUCCUUUCUCACUCUCUCCCUUUCGCUGUCAUGCAGAGCGGGGAGCCAAAUGAGACGUUAGGCGUGGAGGCCUACCGAGUAGUGCCUCUCGGGGAGCCUGUCCCCUUCAAGAUCGAAUGCCUGACCACCUGUGAUGAUCUCCUCCUUGUCGGCACAAGCGACAGCAGAUUAGUUGUCUACCGAACCGAAGCGAAGCGCGAAGAGGCGACGAACAGUAGCGGCAGCGACGCUUCUUCGCCUUCCUCUUCCUUGACGUUGCUGCAGGAAAUCACCGACCCGCGUCGGCAUGCUGUUCGCGCUCUCACCACCAUCGGCGACCGCCACCUCCUCGCGCUGGUCGGCGACACCAUCGCGCUUUAUCGCCUACACCGCGAACCUUCUCGGUCGCUUCAGCUGCGCGAGGUCACCGCCAUUGCGGGGCUGAAGGACACGAUAUCGUUUCACGUGCAGCAACAGAAAGGCCUUCUCUCGCUCGCCGUGCUGCAGCGCCGUCGGCUCGCCAUUUACGAGGCGACCUUCGCCCACUUGGAGUUUCUGCUGAGGGAGGCGGUGACGUUGCCGGACGGCGUACGCAGCUUUGGGUGGCUCGGCCGCAGCUUCCUGCUCGGUGGAAGGAAGGAGUACUUCCUCUACCACACGUCUUCCUCGUCCAGCACGGCCCUCUACCCGACACCGCGGUCUGGGGCAACGCCUUUUGUGCUGCCCAUGGCACCCAUUCCGGAGGUGCUUGUGGCCGGUGAUGGCGGCGGCAUGCGGGCACUGCUGUCGGACGGCGGCGAGGUACCAGGCGACUCGCGUGUGCGCUGGACAACACCGCCAGUCAGUUUGAGCUACGAGCACCCGUACGUCGUCUCCCAGCACUCCACAGGGCCACACACGUUGCAGGUGCACCUACCACUGCUCACCACGCUGGAGGAGUCGACGGUGCCCCGCAAAAACAGCCUUGUGCAGUACAUCGACAUCCCUAAGCUGGCGAAGGUGUCGCAGUGCUUGUGGACGGACUACGACUGCCCAAUGCCAACCAAAGCGACGGCAACGAACGCGCUCGCACGGCACCCCAUCGUGGCAGCCAACACGAGCAAUCGUCUAUUUCUGCUGGCCCGCACCGCCAUCGCCGCGCAGGCGGAGACGCUGGCGGCAAGGAAGCUGUUCGCCGCGGCCGACCUGCUCUGCCAGCUUUGUCCGCACGAGGUGCGGGAGGAGACGCUGACGCACGUGGUUGUGGCUGGCGCGAUGUACCGCUUUCUCACGCUGCAGGACUACGCCGGCUGCUUUCAUGAACUGAGCAGGAUAGAUGCGGACCCCCGCCUGGCCAUACAGCUCUUCCCAGGGUUUCUGCGCCGAGAGGAGGCCGCGACGUGCCCGCUGCUGUCGACCACGCCACCGCCUACGCCGGUGCAGGCCGCCCUCCCCGCCCUCGUGGCGUACCUGCAGUCUCGGCGCAUUAACCUUCUCUUGCGUGGGCAAUCGCUUCUGACGACGGAGGCGGCACGCGGGCAACUCGCAUGCAUCGAUCGCGCGCUUGUACUCGCGUGGUGUGCGCUGGAGGCGGAGGCGCCGCUGCUCGCCCUGCUGCAAGCGGAGAACUGGUGUGCCGUGGAGGACACGGCGGCCGUGCUGCGGGAGCACGAGCAGUGGGUGGCGCUAACCGUGCUGCAGGAGGUGAAGGGCGACUACGACGAGGCGGCGGCGGAGCUGGGUCGGCUCGUGGGGGCAGCCGUGGUGGAAACCGGCGCCUGGAACGGGCUACCAACGGAGGUGGUGGUCGCGCUGCAAAGCUUUUUCGCAGAGCACCGCAAUCUCCCCACGAGCGAUGAGGUGUACCUGCCGCAAAGCACCAUUCUGGACUGGGCGGCAUCACUACAGGAGGACAGCCCAUGGAGCCGCAGCAGCACCGUCGCCAAUGCGCUGAUCGGUGUUGUUACUGCUCUUACCUUCUUCCGACGACGCGCACUGCCGCCGCAGCAGAAGCUCUUCGCGCAGCACCUGACGUGGGUCUUGGGUUGGGUGCCGCCUGACAACGCGCUGCGCAUCUUCUUCUCUGCGCAGAACGUCCAACAGUACGCGGCAGUCCUGCGGCUUCUGCAAAACUACACGGAAAUGCCGGGCUGCACGUCGAAGCAGCUUCUUCGCAUCGCGUACCUGCAGCUGCUCUUUGCGGACACGCGGGUGCGGGUAUCGGAGGCGGCGCUGUACGAGCAGUACUACAAAGGACUGGGCGAUUUGCUCUUCGCCGCACCGCCGUCGGCGCCUUCGCUCGCCGAGGCGGACCGCCAGCGUUUCCGCAGCCGUCUCGACGAGCUCUUGCUGACGUCGUCGCACGUGGACCUCGACGCAGCGGAGCAGUACUUCAACGCGGAUGCCAUCAAGACACAGUGCGUCCCCGAACGGGCACUGAUCUACCGCAGACGCGGGGCCCAUCGCCGUGCGGCGGAGAUGUUUCUGGACGAGACCGACGACAUGGAGGGUGCGAUAGCGUACGCGAAGUGCGCGAGCAGCGAGAACGCCGGUGACGCCUUCACCUCUCUGCUGGAGCUGCUGCUGAAGCCGCGACACGGGGCCCCGCGGGUGGCGGAGGCGCUGACGAUUCUAAAUACCUGCGACGGCGUCGACGCGGCGUUGGUGCUGCCGAUGCUGCCGGCGGACUUGCCGCUGGCGCAGCUGAGCAGCUUUCUCCUCCACGCCUUUCGAAGCACGGCAACCACGUAUCACAUGUCCGCGAUGGACAACAGCGUCCUGAAGGCGAAGUUAAUGUCGGCGCAGGAGACGCACGUGCGGGAGCUGUCGCGGUCGGCGGUGCUCGAGGACGCCACUGUGUGCCCGGUGUGCCAGCGGAAGAUUCGCCCCGACACGGUGCUGGCUGUCUACCCAAACGGGCUGUUGGUUCACCAGGGCUGCAUGAGGGAUGAGCACGUGUGCCCUGCCACCCACCGCGACUACCGGUAUGAUGCCUACUCGCUACUGGAAGAUCUGUAG